UCUCAUAGAAUUUCUUCCCCUCUUUUUUAUACGAUUUGGGAUUGAAUUUUGCGCGAACACGGGAACCCGAACCGUUGGAAACCCUAACCUUCACCCGCAACUUCACUCCCCAGUCUUUCAAUUGAUGCGACAAUUCCAGUUUUGUUCAUCUUCCUUUCCAAAUUUACCGAGUAUCGAUUCGGAAUUUGGGCAAAAGCCGUUCCAUUUCGGUAAUCUUGCCUAUGAAAAUGUCGUUAGGGCAAAAGGGAUCGGCGAAUCCUGGUGCCAUUCUCACUACACUUUUGAACAAGCGAGAGAAGCUUCAGGAAGAGCUGCGCAGCGUCGAGAAACAGGUUUAUGAGCUAGAGACAAGCUACUUGCAGGAAUCAAGCCAUUUCGGAAAUGCGUUGAAGGGUUAUGAAGGCUUUUUAUCCUCAUCCAAGAGUGCGGCUAGCGCAAAGAGGUCAAGGAAAUUCCAGCCUGAAGACAGGAUCUUCUCAUUGUCUUCUGUGACAUCACCGGCAGCUGAAGAACUUGGUGUUGGAAGAGAUGACGGAAGAGCUGAUGUGGGGACAGGGCGGCUCAAGGGCGGAGCUUUUUCUGUGGGGCAGGGAAAACCAAAGAAGGGAAGGGCACCAGCAACAACAAGAGAGGCAAAGAGAAGCAGACUGUUUAAUGAACCGGAUUUUGAUGAUGAUGAUGAUCAUGAUAUGAGCUUGAGAUAGCUUAUCAUGCAUAUAUAUAUAUGCAUGUUGUAGAACAUUAUAGAGGUUACGUUUAACAUUUACCCUGUUGUAGAAUUCAGAUGGAUCUGUAGGUGUCAACUCAUGUGUGUACUAGUUUCAUGCCAUUGUCUAAUAUCCCAACUUUGAUGGAA